UGUAAUUCAGCGGUUUCCGGAGCUGCGGUGUGGCCCGGGAGGGGGAGCCUGGGGUUCCGCCGUCGUCGCCGCCGCCGAGGGAGAGCGUCCCGGCCGGAUCCCGACGACAACCCGCUGGGCGCCUCGUCCCCGCUCGGCCCCGACAGGCCCAGCCCGAGGAGCCCCAGCCCGUCCCGGCCCCGCACAGGCCGGCCCGUUGGGCCUCGGCCGGGAAGCAGGCGGGACUCGAGCCAGCAGCAUGGCGCAGUGGAACCAGCUGCAGCAGCUGGACACGCGCUACCUGGAGCAGCUGCACCAGCUGUACAGCGACAGCUUCCCCAUGGAGCUGCGGCAGUUCCUGGCGCCCUGGAUUGAGAGCCAGGACUGGGCGUACGCGGCCAGCAAGGAGUCGCACGCCACACUGGUGUUCCACAACCUCCUGGGCGAGAUCGACCAGCAGUACAGCCGCUUCCUGCAGGAGUCCAAUGUCCUCUACCAGCACAACCUGCGCCGUAUCAAGCAGUUCCUGCAGAGCAGGUACCUGGAGAAGCCCAUGGAGAUCGCGCGCAUCGUGGCACGGUGCCUGUGGGAGGAGUCUCGGCUCCUGCAGACGGCGGCCACCGCUGCCCAGCAAGGGGGCCAGGCCAACCACCCGACGGCCGCUGUGGUGACGGAGAAGCAGCAGAUGCUGGAGCAGCACCUGCAGGACGUGCGGAAGCGGGUGCAGGACUUGGAGCAGAAAAUGAAGGUGGUGGAGAACCUGCAGGAUGACUUCGAUUUCAACUACAAGACCCUCAAAAGCCAGGGAGACAUGCAGGACCUGAACGGGAACAGCCAGGCUGCCACGCGGCAGAAGAUGCAGCAGCUGGAGCAGAUGCUGACGGCGCUGGACCAGAUGCGCAGGAGCAUCGUAAGCGAGCUGGCAGGGCUGCUGUCGGCUGUGGAAUACGUGCAGAAGACCCUCACAGACGAGGAGCUGGCUGACUGGAAGCGGCGGCAGCAGAUCGCGUGCAUUGGGGGCCCGCCCAACAUCUGCUUGGACCGCCUGGAGAACUGGAUCACCUCCUUGGCGGAGUCGCAGCUGCAGACGCGCCAGCAGAUUAAGAAGCUGGAGGAGCUGCAGCAGAAGGUCUCCUAUAAGGGUGACCCCAUCGUGCAACACCGGCCCAUGCUGGAGGAGAGGAUCGUGGAGCUAUUCAGAAACCUGAUGAAAAGCGCCUUCGUGGUGGAGCGGCAGCCCUGCAUGCCCAUGCACCCCGACCGGCCCUUGGUCAUCAAGACGGGCGUCCAGUUCACCACCAAAGUCAGGCUGCUGGUCAAGUUCCCGGAGUUGAAUUAUCAGCUUAAAAUUAAAGUGUGCAUCGACAAGGACUCGGGGGACGUGGCGGCGCUUCGUGGGUCCCGGAAGUUCAAUAUCCUGGGCACCAACACAAAGGUGAUGAACAUGGAGGAGUCCAACAAUGGCAGCCUCUCUGCGGAGUUCAAGCACCUGACUCUCCGGGAGCAGAGAUGUGGGAACGGAGGCCGCGCCAACUGCGACGCCUCCCUGAUUGUGACUGAGGAGCUGCACCUGAUCACCUUCGAGACCGAGGUCUACCACCAGGGCCUCAAGAUCGACCUCGAGACGCACUCGCUUCCUGUCGUGGUGAUCUCCAACAUCUGCCAGAUGCCCAACGCCUGGGCAUCCAUCCUGUGGUACAACAUGCUGACCAACAACCCCAAGAACGUGAACUUCUUCACCAAGCCCCCGAUCGGGACGUGGGACCAGGUGGCCGAGGUGCUGAGCUGGCAGUUCUCCUCCACCACCAAGCGCGGCCUGAGCAUCGAGCAGCUGACCACGCUGGCCGAGAAGCUCCUAGGACCCGGUGUGAACUACUCGGGCUGUCAGAUCACGUGGGCAAAGUUCUGCAAGGAGAACAUGGCGGGCAAGGGUUUCUCCUUCUGGGUGUGGCUGGACAACAUCAUCGACCUGGUGAAGAAGUACAUCCUGGCCCUGUGGAAUGAGGGAUACAUCAUGGGCUUCAUCAGCAAGGAGCGGGAGCGCGCCAUCCUGAGCACCAAGCCGCCCGGCACCUUCCUGCUGCGCUUCAGCGAGAGCAGCAAGGAGGGUGGCGUCACCUUCACCUGGGUGGAGAAGGACAUCAGCGGCAAGACCCAGAUCCAGUCGGUGGAGCCAUACACCAAGCAGCAGCUGAACAACAUGUCAUUUGCCGAGAUCAUCAUGGGCUAUAAGAUCAUGGAUGCCACCAACAUCCUGGUGUCCCCACUGGUCUACCUGUACCCUGACAUCCCCAAGGAGGAGGCCUUUGGGAAGUACUGCCGGCCCGAGAGCCAGGAGCACCCGGAAGCUGAAACAGGUAGUGCCGCCCCCUACCUGAAGACCAAGUUCAUCUGCGUGACCCCAACGACCUGCAGCAAUACCAUUGACCUGCCGAUGUCCCCCCGCACUUUAGAUUCAUUGAUGCAGUUUGGAAAUAAUGGUGAAGGUGCUGAGCCCUCAGCAGGAGGGCAGUUCGAGUCCCUCACGUUUGACAUGGAGCUGACCCCGGAGUGCGCUACCUCGCCCAUGUGAGGAGCUGAGGAUGUACAGCUGCAGGGCCAGGCCUGCCGCCUUCCGUGCCCACCAGCAGCCAAACCCCAGAGCAUCUCCCAGCCUUGUGGUUCCAGAUUUUUUUUACUCCUUCUGCUAUCUCUGAGCAUCUGGCGCUUUUUGAAGCAGAGUCGCGGGCAGUGUGUGAGGAGCCCCGAGGUCUGACGGUGGCCGGCGGCAGAGGCGGAGUCUUGAGUCCCUCUUCCCGCACCCACUCCCCUGCUUCUCCGGGUCCCAUUAGCCAAGUGCCUCCGGGUGCCAGCGGCUUCCUCCCCACGUCCCCAGCCAUGCUGGACCCCACCUGGCGUGUCGGGUUGUGUCCCAUGGAAGCCUCGACUUCUAGCCCCAGGGCUCCUUUUGAAUUAAAGUAGCUAACUGGUGGCUGCAGCUCCUGCCCGUGUCAGAGGACCUGGGAAAGCUCUCGGCUGUCCUCGGCCAGUACGUGCAGAGGACGGACGGCUCCAGCCCCUGCCCUUGGGGGACCCAGAAGCCGGGCACAGGCUUGGGCUCUGGGCAGGGACAGCUGGAGGGGCCUGAGCUCCCUGGAGCCUGCACCGUGGGCUCCCCCUUAGCGCCUGGCUCUGCUUGGAGCCGCUCUGCGCCCUUGGUCACCUGUCCUCCGUGCCCACGGCCUCCUGCUGGCUGUGUCCUCCCCAAGUCUCACUUUAGGAAUCCCAGCCUCAGCGCCUCUGGCGGUGAGGGGUUUGGGCCGCGGGAUCCCACCAUGUGGCUGCACCCAGGGCUCUGCCCGGCUUCCCGGUGGCUUAGAGGGCCCUUCCUCUUGCCAGCGCAGGGCCAUGUCCAGCGCCCAGCGGACAGCCAGUCACUGGGCUCCUGUCACCGCACGCUGGGGACACCUAGCGGUGGGUGGGGGAAGCCAGGCGUGGGGCGACCUGGGACGACAACAAAGCGGCCUCCUGUGGGCUUGUGGAGGCCACUGUUAACACGCAGAGUGGGGAGCGGGCAGCAUCCAGGGCUCCGGGCCUGGCCUAUGCCGCACGUGGAUCUGGUUUGAGCUGAGGGCCACAGAAGUUCCGGGAAGAGCGAGCUCCGCAGGUGCCUGGUUCCCUGCUGUCCCCAGCCGGCCCGGGCCCCAUCGCUUCUCCCCUCUGGUGUGUGAGCCGCUGCCCUGGCCGCUGUGUUGGGUUCCAGUGUAUACUUCCUAAUGUAAAAACUUAUAUUAUUGUGGGGGUUUUUGUAUAUUGCUGUAUCUACUUUAAUUUCGAGAAAUAAAAGUUAUAUGGAACCAUC